CUUCCAUUAUUUAUAAGCCGCGAGUGCCUCGCGGACACCGUAAGAGACGAGGACGACGCUAUGACUAUUCAAGUGUACAAGAGCCGUGCCAUUUCGCCUGCAUACGGUAGGACGAUUGACCUAAGGAAUAAGGAAGUUGUGGAAGAGUCCCCUUCUCCUUUCGUUAUAGUGGAUGUUAAGGAGUGUAGGAGACUCACCAAGGACCAGCAACGUCGGGGACGAGGGCAAUGUCAACCAACUGCGAGCCAAAAGCGCAUACUAUCCUGCAUAGUCAUAUCUAUUAUUCCUGACGACUUCAAGCUCUUGGGAAACGCAUACGACUUGUUCCUAGGACUAUGCCCUCCGAAGCACCCGAAAUUCAAAAAUAUCGCCACACGUCUACGAAGCUACCGCAAUGCAAGCGGCAUUUACCAGAAAAGCAGAGGCCCUUUAUCAGAAGCUGGACUGUUUUUCAGCGGUGACAUGGUGACUUGUUUUCACUGUGGUGGUGCUCAUGGAGAGUGGAGAGAAGGAAAUGACCCACAUGUCGAACACAGCCGCUGGUAUCCAGAGUGCCUCUUCACCCGAUUCACAUUGGGGGAUAAUCGGGUGUAUUUCAUCUGCGGUGAACACCGUAACCAUCUGAGCAGGCUUGCAGAACGCGGACGUACAGAGACUUUUGUGAAGGCGCUAGUGGACGCUCGCUUUGGCAGUGAAGACAUCCGUUUUUAUGAGGCUUCAGGAAUUAAAGUACAAGUCCUGUACCUCGCAGCAUCUUUGCUGGGAGAGGAUGCUUCCAAAGGUGACAUCGAGGAGAAACUCUCUGAGCUUUGCGACUUCAGACUGGAGAUUGAUUGGAGAACAAUAGCACGUGACAAGCAAUGCUCAGAUCGCACGUUGGACAUGUCCACGGUAUGUGCCAGGCAUGUCCCGGAUAUGUUACAACCUGAGGACCAGCGAAGGCCCAGCCGCCAGCGUUCCCAACCGUCCGAAUCAGCAGAUCCGAUUGGUUGCUUCGGAUAUUUAAACCGCUCCAGGUACCCCGAGUACGCGGACCUGUCGAAGAGGUUGCCUACAUUCGACCACUUCCCGCACACUCCCACGGAGCUCCUGAAUCCUCGAAGUAUGGCUAACGUUGGGCUGUUUUACGCAGGGGAAGGCGAUAAAACGAUCUGCUUCCACUGUGGAGGUCCACUCUCGCACUGGGAACCUACCGACGAUCCAGCUAAGGAACACAUCAGAUGGCAUCCAAGCUGCGAAUACAUCCUUUGGAUGCUAAGGCAUACGUCGUCCGCACGUUUGGGACUAUCUGAUAACAUAAGGCCUAUGGGAAGUUGCCCUCGAGCAUCCGUCACGACAGAUCAUGUGACCGUGAUGCCGCCAGUGCUGCCCGAACGAACAGCAGACGUAGCUAGGCCCCAGAACCCGGGAACCGUCCAGCGCCAAGAAGCUAACGGAGCGACAUACCAGACCGAGAGGCACAUUAUACCACAGAAGGAACCAGCACACCGCCGGUACGCAACGUUGGCAGACAGAGAGGCAUCUUUUCAAGGCUACCCAGCUACUGCAAAGGGAAAUACGCAAAAAAUGGCGAAGGCGGGCUUUUUCUACACAGGGACUGACGACCGUACGACGUGUUUUCAGUGUGGAAACAGCGUUUGUAGUUGGGAUGUUGACGAUGACCCAUUGGUGGAACAUGCCAGAUGGUUCCCAGAGUGCCCCUACGUCGAACUUCAGCUUGGUGACCUGGCCAUCAACGACGUUACGCAGACGCACCGAAAUCUGAUUGCGGAACAACAUGAAGCAGAAAUGAGGAAGUCUGACGGGCUAACCGAAAUGAUGCUGCGCCAUCUGAUGUCAGCAUAUGUCGUUCGCCGUCUACUUUCCCAAGGCAUUGACGAUGUCCUCAUGGACUUGGCGAUUCGAACAAGGUUAAACAGCACUGGAUUGAUUGACGUCUUGGAUGAACAGGACGUUCGCAGAGCACUAGCAGAUGUCAUCUCCCUGCCAAAGAAUGUGAGAACACUGGAACUUCCAAAAGCUGAUAGCGGUGAUCUCAGCAUGUGCGUUGUGUGCGGAACGGAAGGCCGGCACACCAUUUUCUUUCCCUGCAAUCACCUUGUAGCCUGCAGAGGAUGUGCAUCGCAUUCCACCGUUUGUCCCUCCUGUACCCGUCCAAUUACGAGCAGACGGGAUGUCUUCUUGGCCUGAAGAGGGUACAUUAAAGAAAAUGGCGACGGGCACCUGUCAAGAGACGUAUGCAACCUGUUGACAAAGAGUCGAUCAAUAAACCAAUCAAUUCUCAA